CCUCUUCCACUUKUACUUAUUGCAACACCUCCACCUGGCUCUCCUGCGUUCACCUGUUGAAAUGUCCUCGCUUUGCAGAAAGAGGAGCCUGACCUACCAGCUAGGUGUCRUGUGCCCGGGGCAAGAAUCCCUGUCGCGAAGAGUCUAAAAAGGUUGACUAUACCCAGGAAGGCACCGCGGGGACAAAUAUGGAAAGGCUGUUGAUCAGAGGAAGUCCAGAGCCCCGGCUAGGAAGGGCCCGACUCUUCUCCUCCGAACCCCAGAGGGCGCUGUGGCCGUCGGCGGCCACGCGCGGCACCGCGGCGGCGCUCUGUCCCUGCCGGAAUCUUUCUCCUCCACGUGGGGACGCAGGAUGGCGGCCGCAGUGGUGGACGAGACGGCGGCGCCSGAUGUGCAGCGGCUGCUAGUGCAGUUCCAGGAUGAGGGCGGGCAGCUGCUGGGCUCCCCGUUCGACGUGCCCGUGGACAUCACUCCCAACAAGCUGCAGCUGGUGUGCAACGCGCUGCUGGCGCAGGAGGAUCCCCUGCCCCUGGCUUUCUUUGUCCAUGAUGCUGAAAUCACCUCCUCGCUGGGGAAGACACUGGAGUCCCAGGCAGUGGAGACAGAGAAGAUCCUAGACAUCAUCUACCAGCCACAGGCCAUCUUCAGGGUCCGAGCCGUGACCCGCUGCACCAGCUCCUUGGAGGGUCACAGUGAAGCAGUCAUUUCUGUGGCCUUUAGCCCCACAGGAAAGUACUUGGCCAGUGGCUCYGGAGACACCACUGUGCGCUUCUGGGAUCUCAGCACAGAGACACCACAUUUCACAUGCAAGGGACACAGACACUGGGUCCUUAGCAUAUCCUGGUCCCCAGAUGGCAAGAAGCUAGCCUCAGGCUGCAAGAAUGGCCAGAUUCUCCUCUGGGACCCAAGCACAGGGAAGCAGGUGGGCAGGACCCUUGCCGGCCACAGCAAGUGGAUUACGGGCUUGAGCUGGGAGCCCCUCCAUGCGAACCCUGAGUGCCGCUACGUGGCCAGCAGCUCCAAGGAUGGCAGUGUGCGGGUCUGGGACACAACUGCAGGCCGCUGUGAGCGAAUCCUCACYGGGCACACGCAGUCAGUCACCUGUCUCCGGUGGGGAGGAGAUGGGCUUCUGUACUCUGCUUCCCAGGACCGUACCAUCAAAGUCUGGAGGGCCCAUGAUGGUGUGCUGUGCCGGACUCUUCAAGGCCAUGGCCACUGGGUGAAUACCAUGGCACUCAGCACUGACUAUGCCCUGCGCACAGGAGCCUUUGAGCCUGCCGAGGCCACAGUUAAUGCCCAAGACCUGCAGGGGUCCUUGCAGGAGCUGAAGGAAAGGGCCCUGAGCCGGUACAACCUCGUGYGGGGCCAGGGCCCAGAGAGGCUGGUGUCUGGCUCAGACGACUUCACCUUAUUCCUGUGGUCCCCAGCAGAGGACAAGAAGCCCCUCGCACGGAUGACGGGACACCAAGCCCUCAUCAACCAGGUGCUCUUUUCUCCUGACUCCCGCAUUGUGGCCAGUGCCUCCUUCGACAAGUCCAUCAAGCUGUGGGACGGCAGGACUGGCAGGUACCUGGCUUCCCUGCGUGGCCAUGUGGCUGCUGUUUAUCAGAUUGCAUGGUCAGCUGACAGCCGCUUGCUGGUCAGUGGUAGCAGUGACAGCACCCUGAAGGUGUGGGACGUGAAGGCCCAGAAGCUGGCCACAGACCUGCCAGGCCAUGCUGAUGAGGUUUAUGCUGUUGACUGGAGUCCAGAUGGCCAGAGAGUGGCAAGUGGCGGGAAGGACAAGUGCCUCCGGAUAUGGAGGAGAUGAAGUCUCACAGUUCUGACUCCCACCUGAACUUGGCUUCUGCCUGCUGCCUGCCCUGCCAGAGAACAAAGACCAGGAUGGGAGUGCACACCCCCUCCUCACCAGCAGAGGCCUCCUGUCCUUGACAGACCCUGGUGGGGUCUCCCCACGGGUCCUUUGCCUGCUCUAGGCACUCUUAGGUCCCUUGCUGGUGCUGGCAGCAGUGGAGAGGCCAGGCUGUAUAUGAGGCCUCCGUUGUUACCCCCGCCUCUUUUUCCAAGUGUCAGCUAUGUUCAGGGUCAGACCCCAGAUUCUAUGGCCAAAUAAAUAAUUUAUAUAUUG